AUGCAUCGGUCUUCAGCUCAAUCUCCAAAAGAGGAUGUUUGUGCGCAAUGGAUGGGUCUCGGAUGUCCCAUUCACGCUCAACGGAACGAACAUUUCCGAAUGCACCAGCACCGAGGAUGUAGUGAAGAAGACCAAGAGCACCAGGAUCCGUACUUACCUCUUCAACACUCCACUCCAACUCAACUCCAACUCAACUUCAACACUCCAACUCAACUCUUCUCCAUACUUCCUGCUUUGACCUAUGCUUCGGAAACCUGGACAUUUCGCAAGCAGGAAGAAAACGCGGUGAGCGUCAUUGAACGCGCAAUUGAGAGAGUGGUGCCAGGAGUACCCCGUUUCACGCAAGUGAGGGGCGGGAUUCGAAGUUCUCUCCUACGUCAGCGAUCGAAGAUUAGAGAUGCCGCUGCGUUUGCCAAGAAAAGUAAAAUAAAGUGGGCCGGACACGUGAUGCGCUUUAACGGCAAGAUUUCUUCACGAAGUCCUUCAAAGAAAAUUAUGAUGCUCUUCGUGUCCCACGCGAAAGGAGGAACCACUGGACUACUCUGGCACGCGAUUGGGACAAAUGGAAGAACUACUGGCGCCACUCGACCAGUUCGAAGAUCAGUGGGAGUCAAGAAAAAUCCUAAGAAAUAUGGAUGCAUUAAAGGCAUCACCCCACGAAUCUGA